CUCUCUCUCUUGUUAACUUUAAAAACCAAAAACCAAAAACCAACAAUCAACAUGCACCCCACACACACCAAAGCCCCCAUCCAGCCAAGGCGGUACAACACUGACCAAGGAGCGAUGGACCAGCAAUUCUGCUUACGCUGGAACAAUCAUCCCACAAAUCUGACCGGCGUCCUCACAUCCCUGCUGCAACGUGAGGCGCUCUGCGAUGUCACGCUCGCCUGCGAGGGCGAAACAGUCAAGGCCCAUCAGACCAUACUGUCCGCCUGCAGUCCAUAUUUCGAGACGAUCUUCCUACAGAAUCAACAUCCACAUCCCAUCAUAUACUUGAAAGAUGUCCGAUACUCAGAGAUGCGUUCGCUGCUCGACUUUAUGUACAAGGGCGAGGUCAAUGUGGGCCAGAGCUCGCUGCCCAUGUUUCUCAAGACGGCCGAGAGCCUGCAGGUGCGCGGUCUCACAGAUAACAACAAUCUGAACUAUCGUAGCGACUGCGACAAGCUGCGCGACUCGGCCGCCAGCUCCCCCACCGGCCGCGGACCCUCCUCCAGCUAUGGCGGCGGCCUUGGGUUGGGCGACGGGGUGCGCGACUCACGCGACUCCCUGCGCUCCCGCUGCGAACGCGACCUGCGCGACGAGUUGACGCAGCGCAGCAGCAGCGUUAAUGCCGCCGCCGCCGCCGCGGCCUUGGGCCUGACGACGCCCAGCGCCGGCGAACGAUCUCCCAGCGUGGGCAGCGCCAGUGCGGCAGCGGCGGCCGCUGUGGCGGCUGCUGUGGCAGCCGCUGCUGCCAAUCGCAGUGCCAGCGCCGAUGCACUCAACAGUCGCGGCGACGCAUGCAGCGAUCGUGGCAGCGAGCGGGGCACACUCGAGCGGGCCGACAGUCGCGAUGAGUUGCUGCAGCUCGAUUAUAGCACCAAGGACAACAACAACAGCAACAUAAGCAGCACCAGCAACAACAACAACAACAACAACAACAACAGCAGCAGCAACAACAACAAUCGAGAGCGAGAAAGGGAGCGGGAACGAGAGCGGGAACGAGAGCGGGACAGCAGCAGGGACCGCGAGCGGGAGCUCUCCACCACGCCGGUGGACCAGCUGAGUAGUAGUAAGCGCAGACGUAAGAACUCAUCAUCCAACUGUGAUAACUCGCUGUCCUCGAGCCACCAUGCGAACGCUGCCCAUGCACAGGACAGGCACUACCCGCAGGACUCUCAGGGCAACUUCAAGUCGAGCCCCGUGCCCAAGACGGGAGGCAGCACAUCGGAGUCGGAGGAUGCGGGCGGACGUCACGAUUCACCGCUCUCAAUGACCACCGGCGGACAUUUGGGCGGCGGUGGUGGCAAUGUGGGCGCGGCCAGUGCCCUGAGCGGCCUCAGUCAGUCGCUGAGCAUCAAGCAGGAGCUGAUGGAUGCCCAACAGCAGCAGCAGCAGCAACAUCGCGAGCAUCAUGUGGCCCUGCCGCCCGACUACUUGCCGAGCGGUGCUCUGAAGCUGCACGCGGAGGAUAUGUCAACGUUGCUGUCGCAGCACGCCAUGCAGGCAGCGGAUGCGCGCGAGGAUCACAACGAUGCCAAACAGAUGCAGCUCGACCAGACGGACAACAUUGACGGUCGCGUUAAGUGUUUUAACAAUCCGCGAUCACAGCUCGAACAUGAACAGCAGCAGCAGCAGCAGCAGCAGCAGCAACAGGAGGAGGAGGAGCAAACCAUCGACGAGUUGGAUGUCGAUCGGGACAUGGGCAUUGAAGAGGAGCACGAACAGCUCGAAACGGAGGAUGCAGCAGCAGCAGCAGCUGCUGCCUAUCAUGCCACGCCGCCGAAGUACCGCCGAGCCGUGGUCUAUGCGCCGCCGCCGCCAGACGAGGAAGGACCCUGCUCUGGUUCUGGUUCUGGUUCCGGCUCAGAGAUCUAUGUGGACAGCAACUACAACAAUUGCGAGUACAAGUGCAAGGAGCUGAACAUGCGCGCCAUACGCUGCAACCGGCAGCAGCAUCACCUGGCGGCCCACUAUGCCCAUCCCCAUCCCCAUGCCCAUGCCCAAGGCCAUCCGUCGCUUCAUCGCUCGCUGGUGGAUUGUCCCGCAGAGGCGGCCUAUUCGCCGCCCGCCACCAGCAGCAGCAGCCACAGCAGCGGCUACCGCGAUCAGGGGGGAUACGGCACGAGCAAUGGAACCGGACAGCAGCAGUUGGACUUGUCCAGUCAUGGCUACCAUGGACACCAUCAUGGGCCCGCGCUGCCGCUGCCGCUGCCACCGCCGCCCAGCCACACCCAAGCCUCGCCGCACUAUCAGCCAGCCACAUCCGCCUCGUCAUCCGUGUCUGUGACCGCAUCCGCAUCCGCAUCCGCACCAGCCUCAGUCUCCGGCCCAGUGUCCCCACAGCCCAGCUCCAGCUCGAGCGGAUCGAGCUCCUCGGCAGCAGCAGCCGCAGCCGCAUCCGCAGCCGCCGCAGCAGCGGCCAAUCGGAGGGAUCACAACAUCGACUACUCCACGCUGUUUGUGCAGCUGUCGGGGACACUGCCCACGCUGUAUCGGUGCGUGAGUUGCAACAAGAUCGUCUCGAAUCGGUGGCAUCACGCGAACAUCCAUCGACCCCAGAGCCACGAGUGCCCCGUCUGCGGGCAGAAAUUCACGCGCAGGGACAACAUGAAGGCGCACUGCAAGAUCAAGCAUGCGGACAUUAAGGAUCGUUUCUUCAGCCACUAUGUACAUAUGUGAUCACUUCUCUAGGCCCCCUAGACAGUCUCAAGCUCCAAAUCGAAAUCGAACUUUAUCCUUUCCCCCUGUCUCUCUCUCUCUCUCUCUCUCUGGCUCUUAUUAGGCGAAUCUUUACGGCGGAAGCAGAAGAGUGAAACAAAUCAAAAAAGGUUUUCAGAACUAUCCAAAUAAUCAAGUCAAGAAACGAAUACGUAAUAUAUGAAUAUAAAUAUAGGACGAUUGUACAUCUUAUUAAUCUAAACGCUAAUCGUAGUUGAUUUCAAGACUUUGAACUACUUAUUGUUAACUCGUAUGAACCUUUAGACGCUUUUCUAGAUCAUUAAACAGAAACAAACAAAAGAAAAAAGAUAGAAACCAAGAACUAUAAAAGAUAAAAGAUAUUACGGAUAUAUCGGAAUAUCAAGUUAAUGUAUACCGAGACCAGUACUCAAUGGAGGGAAACUUUGACAAGUAUUAUAUGUAGAAUUCCAAUCGAUUUCCAAGUCAGUUAUUAUUUUAGCUCUUUAGUUCGACUCUCUAACAUGUGCUGUAGUGAAUGUUGACUAAUGUUUUGUUCGUGUCAUUUUGUGCCAUAUUUAGCUAAUCUUUCUUCUAGUCCAUAGGCCAUAACGUCCAA